GGAUGUCAGCCCUACAUAGUGUGAGAGUUUCGGUCCGAGUUUGUAUCUGUAUCUAGGAAUUUCGCGCCCAAAAUCGCAAAUGAGGAGCGGAGCUCCUCGGCCUGCCUCAGGCCGUGCCCUGGCGGGAAAUCCGAGAAUGGAUGCCAUUUUCCCCGCCAGUUCCAAUCGCGGACUACAUUUCCCAGAAGCGUCCGCGAAUUCUAGGCAGCCCCUUCUUUUGCCUGCGGGACCCUCGUCGUCCGGGGACGGAAAAGUCCCCACUCCUCCCGAGGAACCCAGUGGAGAAAAGAGGAAUGGCUGUGGACCACGCCAAAAAUAAGAAAGCGGUGGUGUUCAGUGAUGUGUCUCUGGACUUCUCUCAGGAGGAGUGGGAGUGUCUGGGCCCUGCACAGAGAGACUUGUACAAAGAUGUGAUGCUGGAGAACUAUAGCAACCUGCUGUCAGUGGCAGGACUUCACAUUCCCAAGCCGCAGGUGAUCUCUCUAUUGGAGCAAGGCAAAGAGCCCUGGAUGAUUGGUAAAGAGCUUACGAGAGGCCUGUGCUCGGCUCUGGAGUCAAUGUGUGAAAGCAAGCUGUUAUCUCUAAAGAAGGAAGUUUAUGAGAUAGAAUCCUGCCAGAGGGAGUUAAUGAGACUCUCAAAGCAAGGCCUGGAGUACUCCAGUUUUGGAGACGUUCUGGAAUGUGGAAGCCCAUUUCAAAGUGGACAUGGAGGCCAGGAAUUACUCCCUCAUGACUACAUGCCCACAUUUGUCCAGCAGACUUUCUUUACCCUACAUCAGAUUAUUAAUAAUGGUGAGAAGCCCUAUGAAUGUAAGAAGUGUAGAAAGGUCUUUACCCAGAACUCACAAUUUAUUCAACAUCAAAGAAUUCAUAUUGGGGAAAAGUCUUAUGAAUGUAAGGAGUGUGGGAAGUUCUUCAGUUGUGGGUCACAUGUCACUCGACAUCUGAAAAUUCACACCGGUGAAAAGCCCUUUGAGUGCAAAGACUGCGGGAAGGCCUUUAGCUGCAGCUCAUACCUGUCUCAGCAUCAGAGGAUCCACACUGGUAAGAAACCUUACGAGUGUAAGGAAUGCGGGAAAGCCUUUAGCUACUGCUCAAAUCUCAUUGACCAUCAGCGAAUUCACACUGGGGAGAAGCCUUAUGCGUGCAAAGUAUGUGGAAAAGCUUUUACAAAGAGUUCACAACUUUUUCAGCACGUGCGAGUUCAUACAGGUGAGAAGCCUUAUGAAUGUAAGGAAUGUGGCAAGGCCUUUACCCAGAGCUCGAAGCUUGUUCAGCAUCAGAGAAUCCACACUGGGGAGAAACCCUAUGAGUGCAAGGAAUGCGGGAAGGCCUUUAGCAGUGGCUCGGCCCUCACAAAUCAUCAGAGAAUCCACACUGGGGAGAAACCCUAUGAGUGCAAGGAAUGCGGGAAGGCCUUCACUCAGAGCUCCCAGCUCCGGCAGCAUCAAAGAAUCCAUGCUGGCGAGAAACCUUUUGAGUGCCUUGAAUGUGGGAAGGCCUUCACUCAGAACUCACAGCUUUUUCAACAUCAGCGAGUCCAUUCAGAUGAGAAACCUUAUGAGUGUAAUAAAUGCGGAAAGGCCUUUAACAAGUGCUCAAACCUUACCAGACAUCUGAGAACUCAUCGUGAUGACAAGCCUUGUAGCUGUGACAAAUGUGGGAAGACGUUUAGUAAUGAGUCGGACCUUAUCCGCCAUCAGGAAAUUCAUACUAACGAAUAAUAAAAAAUCAUGCUUGAGAGUUACUCUCUGACAUUGUCCGACUAGAUAUUUGCAUUUUCCUCUGAAUUAUCUGACUGUGGGUUAUGAGUUCCAGGCCUGCAUUCAUGGUCCUCUCCCACACCAAUGCGAGUUGCUCAUUAGGUUUCUUUCACCUCUUGCUUGGAGAUCUGCCAUACUGUUGUUGAUGUUGGCUCAUAUUUUUAGGUCUGUCUGUUGUCUUCUAAACUGUGUUUGUUCUGAUGCUUGUGCUCACAGCACUGUGUUUUAAUUGUGUAAGCUUUAAUGAGUUAAGUUCCUCAUAGAGCUCCAGUGUUGGAUCUGAGGUGGCCCCGGUUGUACUGCUGUGUCUCAUGAGCUUGUUUUUAUUUUUUACUAUAAGUUGAAAAAACGAGAAAACUAGAAAAUCCAAAGCUCAGACAUGAAGAUGAACUGUGAUUGUACUGAUGAUAGAUGACGACUAUCAAAUCGGUAGAACCAGUUCUGCGGAAGAUGUGUAGUUAUGGUGUUUGUGUUUUAUCAUGCUAAAAAAAAAAUCAUCUUCGUAAUUGCUUUUUGAGCAAAUACAGAUUCUACUUUUAAAGAUUUACUUAAUAUUUUCUAAAUGACUAUUAUUCAUGUUAUGGUUGCUUCUUAAUUUUUCCAUUUAUAAAAGCUGUCUCCAUUAUUAUGACUCCAAACUUAUAUUUGGAUGUCUGAUGUUUUGUUUCUCCUAAAAACAAGAACAUUUAAUGCUGAAUUUAUUUUCUCCUCGUAUGCUAUUUUGUAAACCUUUUCAUUAACCCUAAUCCUGGUGUCAUGCCAGAAAGGUAAUUGCAGUUAGGGAAGUGUUACUUUUCCAUAUUUUUUUCUUAUGUUAUCAGUAGUUGUUUCCUCUUUUACAUAUUCAGUCAUGUGUAUGUAUUAGUUUGCUGUGUGAACUCAUAAAUAGAACUUAGAUCUAUUCCUAGCAUACAGUACGGGUUUAAUAAAAGGUUUCUCAGUUAUAUUUGUACACUGUUUCCUAAUUUUCUCUAUGAUUUGUGGAAAGGGCCUUUGGGGUGAGGGUGUGCUGGGGAUGCACACCAGGGCUUCACGUGGCCAGGCAAGCACUCACUGAGCUGUGGGCCAGCCCCUCACCGGAGUUAAGCUAGUGUUUACUACUAGCCCACUUCUCCCAGCUUCAGGAAAAUGACUUUUAACUGCCACAUACCAUUAUCAAAACUGGAAGAUUCAUGAUGGAAAAAGAGAAAUAAAGCCUCUCAUC